GGAAACAUUGUUGAAUGAGUAGAAUAAGAGGGAGGCAAUAUAGCUUUCUCGUUUUCAAAUUUGGGGCUGAAAACCCGGGAAGCUUGAAUUCUAAAACUAAAAAAUUAUGGCGCCAUUUUAUUAUCGUAUGCUAAUCUAUAACCUUAUGGUGAUGCAGUCUGAGUUCAUGUCUGUUAAGGGAAAAAUAUGCCAAAAUCUUCGCAUUUGGAGCUUCACGCCUCCGAUUCUGAGGCUUUGGAUCUUCUUGAUUCACUUUCACUUCCUCCAGAACCUCCUGAUAUCAGAAACUGGUUCCCAAGCUACGUGUAUGAGUCCCCGGAGUUGGAUGACUUGGAUUGUUUUCAAGAUUCUGAUGGGGCUGGAGACCGUUGUGUCAAGGAAGAUAGCACCCGAAAAUCGGGGAAUAGUUGUCCUAUAGGCAAGUAUGAUGAUGCUUGUGCUGGGCAGGUGAAACCAUCUCAUGGGAUUGAGUCAAAUGUAUCUGCUGCCAUGGUUUCAGGAUUGUCAGAUUCGUCCCUCUCCCUUCCUGAAGAGCCUCCGGACAUUCGGAAUUGGUUCUCAAGUUAUGUCUAUGAGUCACCGCUGCUGGAUACUGCACUUGAUUUUGCAAUUUCUGUUUGUGAAGAGAGCAAAGAUGGCAAGUUAGGUGCUGUAGAAAAGAGCGCCUGUCAGAAUAUAAAGGAUCCAAUGGCCUCUAGCAGUGGUGAAAAAUCAGAGUUGUGCCCACUAAAGAAUACCUCGGAUGCAGUGGUGAAAGGCCCCAAUAUAGUAAAUGGUAGCAAACUAGACCAUCAAUCCGUGUGCAAUGAUGACUAUGAUGAUGAUGAUGUUAUAACGAGUCUAUCUAGUUCCGAUAAGGUUUCUGAAGCAAUGCUGUCUGGACAAAAAGCAGGAUACAGUAACUACAAAUCUCUUGAAAAGUCGUAUGAUGAUGAUGCAAAGUUGCAUGGAACAUUUUUUAGCAGAAAUUCAAUAUCAUUAAGUAUGGAGAAAAAUCUACGCAGUCAGGAUGGGAAAUCAGUUUAUAGGCCGAUUAAAGGAACUUGUUGUGUCAAAGAUGGCCUAGGAAACAAAGAUAUCAAUAAAAUCGUAUCACCUCAAAAAAUUGAUAGGAUUGUACCCAAAGGAGAUUGUCGGGGAAGUCAGGCCGACAGAAGAAGCGCAGGGAAAGAAAACGAGGAGACUGAACUGCAAGAAGAUGGCUUCAUUUCUGUAAGAAAAAGGAGUCGUCAAGAAAAUGCCGAGAAUGUGGCAAGGCUCAGAAUUAAAGUAGAACCUAUGAUGAAUAUUGAGAAGGAUUGCAACAUAGUCAGAAAGGUUUUAUCUGAGAUUUCUAACUUCCAGUCCCAGAAUAUAGUGGCAUGUACAGGAAAAUGGUCUUGCCCUCAGAAGAAUAAACCAGACCUCGGUCCUCCUCUGAAGCAGCUUCGGCUAGAUCAAUGGGUUCGCCGCGUAUAAAUUCAAGUUUUGGACAGUGUGAAGAAGAUGGAAUACGAAGCUCUUUUUAUUAACAAGUUGCCGGAUAAUGCUUCCACCUGCUUGGCUUUGGCUGGUGUUGCCGAGGCAUACGAAUAGCAUAGAAAAUGAUCUUAAAUGUUCUUCUCACCUACGCGUUGUCGUAUGAGGCAGUCGACAACUUCAGAGACAUUGAUGCGAUUCUCGUAAGUUUUAUAGAUAAUUUUGGAUGUUGAGUUAAAUUAAUAUUUGAUAGAAAUGGUUGGAAUUUGGGGGAUGGGUGAAGCAUUUUCAUGUCUGGUGAC